AUGCGACCAGUGUCUGAUAUACCGUCAUUCUGCCAAAAGCCCUCCUUUGAACACCCAUCCCCAUCUCUUGACCCCCGCACCUCCGCCCCAUCCACCUUCUUCCUAUCCCGCAAUUCGCAUGACUCCGAUCCAGACCCCGGUGCCUUAUCAGAUAGCUCCGAUAAUCCAAAGGAGACUAUGUACGGGGUCCGAAGCAUAAACGAUACACUAUCUCACUCUGAGCUAUUAUCUACUAGUUUGUAUGAUUACCCCGACGACCAGAUGCAGCAGGCUUCGAUCGGCUUGUUCGAGGAUACCGGAGAUAUGGACGAUAGUCAGACAAAGGAAAGUAGGCGACGCUCAACUAUAAAGCCUACAUUCGCUGGUUCUGAGACUCGGGCUUCAUCGAUGCGACGACCUUUCACGGAUAUCGCAUCUCGACCCUUGACCCCGCUGAAUCCCGAUGAGCCGUCUUCUCUGCCCAGUAGCCCAAAGUCGAUAUCUAAUCAGUCUCUCCGGCCACUGGAUGAUAUUUCAAUUACAGACGAGAUCAGCAGUCAGGUUAUUGGAUCCGACGACGAAAAUAGGCCUAGGCACUCGCCGUUUUUAGCACCACAAGGAGCGUCGCAGCUUAUCAUGCCGAGUAUCAAGAUGCCUAGUCGUCGACCAUUCACAGAGAGAGGGAAAGCGAUGGGACGUUUCAAAAUUCUAUUAGGCGGAGCACCAAACUCGGGCAAAACAUCCUUGAUAAAAUCUAUUGUACAGAUAUGUGACGAUAUUGUACAUGUAGAUUUCCUUCCUCCGGUGGGUGUUCCACUUGAAAGGCGCCGUGCAUCAUAUCCCCACUCUGCCUCUGUCCCCACUCACGGGGCGGCCGUCACCGAAAUCUACGCUAGCACCAAGCCGUAUCCCUCUUGGUGGUCGGACCUCGAAGAUUCGCGAGUGUUGCGACGCCGAAGGAGUAUUGGCGGCGCUGUCUUGGAGCGAAAUCUUUGCUUUGUCGAUACAUCUACUACCUCACUCGGUCAGGCUGGCCAGACCGACUCUAUUAUGCAGUAUAUGCGACAACAACUUCAACGUGCAACAUCAUCCUGGACUAACCCAGGGAUUGAUUUCCAAAACCUGUUAGCAGGAAAUGGUGGCUCUCAGGUGGAUGUUAUAUUAUAUCUAAUUUCAAAUGAAACUCUAGCGGCAGACGUGGAAUGUAUUCGCAAGCUUUCUGAACUUAGCAACAUCAUACCUGUUAUUGCUAAGGCAGAUACCUUGUUACCUGAACAAGUCGCUAGUCUGAAGUCUCAAUUCCGCCAAGGUGUACACGACAUGGGUAUCAGACCUUUCUUGUUCGGUGACUCUGUUGGUGGAGCGUUAGACGGAUCGGACUAUCAACCACCCUAUACCGUUUCUUCCGAGAAGACCAUCGACCUGGAAGUGCUGGAUGCCAGCACUCUCAUGCACCCCGAUUACGUUCAACCAAUAGUAACAUCCGAGCUGGAAACCCUGGUAGAAAGGAUGUUUGAUCGCGAUAACCUCUCCUGGAUGCGCCACUCCGCAGCGAAGAAAUUAAUACAACGACGCAGUGACUUCGCCCCCCUCCAACCGACAACAGCACCACACCACAACGCACUCUCCGGAACUACUUCAAGCUGGCGUACCACCCCAGACACGUCAACGACAUCGGCGUUUUCUUCAGUUAACGAAUCGUCCCCAAGUUAUGCAAUGGCCCGAUUCACAGACUACACACGUUACGAAGAGCACAUGGCCCAUGUCCGACUCGCAAACUGGGCCACCGACCUACAGCGCAGUCUACAAAACGAACGUGAUCGAUAUGCAGCUUUAGCCAGAGGAGACCGAGCCGUUUGGCUAACCGAGAGACUGAGCGAAUGCGUUUCAGACGGCUCACUCGUGCCUAUCUCCAAAACACCAGGAUUCUGUGGCCUCCACAUGCCCAGCAAUGAAGCUGGAUCUGGAGCUCUGCACAUGAUGAAAGGGCAUACCGGCAAAUCUUCUACAGGCUACCAUAUUACUAGCCUAAGUACACAUGAUCCGCUAGGCGUUGUUGACUGGAUUGACAACCUUGGCAGACGAGGUUGGGUUCUUGUCCAGAUAGUUGGGAGCGUCGGGGUAUUCGGAGGACUUGCAUUCUGGUUCGCUCGCGCAUGGGGACUUCCAGCACGUACCCUGACUGAUCUCCAGGUGGAAUAUCUGUAUGGGACUCUGGAACGGUGA